AUGGCGGAUUCCAGUCCGCCCGAGUUGGCGGCAGCCCUGCUGAGAUGGGUUCAAGCAUUCCAGACAUCAAAGAAAGUAGAAGGAUGGGAGGACAUACAAGAUGGUCAAGUGCUAUGGGAUAUUCUACGAGACAUCGACCCAGGCUACUUUCAAGACGACCUGCCCGAACCGCCGGCCAAAACACAAGACCACUGGAUCCCGCGAUGGCAGAACCUCAAACAUGUCAAUCGUCUUGUCACAUCGUAUCUGCGGGACUCGAGCGGCUCCAUCGAGAACCCGGCAGGCAGCCGUGCCCCAGACCUCAAGGCCAUUGCCACAGAUGCCAGUGCUAGGGACACCGUUAUGUUGCUCAAGACGAUGCUUCGUGCCGCCAUGUAUUCGCCCGAAUCGAAUCAGAGAAUGGGUCGCAUAGUCGUCGGCCUCGGUCCAGAAGUCGCUGUCACCAUCGCUGCCGCCAUGAAGCAAAUGGAAGACUCGGAUGUACCACAGUCAGACGCCGCCGAACCCUCCGAAUAUGAAGCCACCCCCGAACCUUCCACCCCUGCGGAACCCGUCUCGGAGAAGUCUGCCGUUCCUGUCUCAGCAAAUGACCGUCUCUCCUUUGGUGCUUCCACAGACCGCGAUCCCGAAUUGGAACAAGAAGAGAAGCUCAUUCAGGCCUACAAGGUCAUCAAGGAUCUGGAGAACAACAACGCGAAAGCCGCGAUCGAGUUGGAAGAGCUGCGACAAGACAAGGAGGAGUUACAACAGGCUUUCGACGCUUUCAAGUACGAAGUCGAGAACCAAGGGCGCAACACUGCCGAGAACGACUCCAUAAAAGAGAUGCAGCUCAAGGCAGAAAGAGAUCGGGACUACAUUGCUGAACUGGAAACCGAACUCGAGACUGUACGGGACAAGUCGCAGUCCCAGGAACGUCAGAUCGAACGAUUCAAGACAGACACGGACGCAAAGCAGAAGCUGAGAGACGACAUGCAGCUUCUCCGAGCCGAAAGAGACGACCUGCUUCAGAAGACCCGCAUGAAUGAGAACCUCAAAAAGAAGAUUCAGGCCUUACAGGACCAGGAAAAGACAAAUUCAACCCUGAGGGAAGACCUACGCUCAGCAAAUGACAGACUGCAAGACUUGGAUCGUCUAAAAGACCAAUGCGCUGCUCUGCAAAAAGCCAACGCUGAGAACCUCAAACUUAUUGCUAAUGGCGAGCAAGAAAUUUUCGAUCAAAAAACCACUCGAAAGCGCAUUGAGCACGAGUUCAAGGUUCUUACACAGAAGUACGAGGCGGCCAGGGAGAGACAAGUCAAGGACCACGAGAGUAUUACCGAACUGGAGAACAAGCUGCAAACACUUGAGAUCGGAGGUUCAAGCACCGGUGGUACGAGUGGUGGCCUUGAUGGAGAACUCGAAGCUUCCGAAAAGGCACGAGCUGAGAAAGCAGCCGCUAGGAGUCAGGGUGAUGCUAUUCCCUCUGCUGAUGCUGCCAUCCUGCAGCAGAAGCUGGACGCAAUCACUGCAAGAAAUAGCAAACUGGAGACCGAGUAUCUGGAUAUUCUGCAAGACAAGCUCGGCCUAGAAACAGCUCUGCAAGAUCUUCGCGAGCCAACUCGAGAGCCAGAAGAAAACGUGCCAUUCUUGGAACAACGAAAGAAGCUACAGGCAGCGCAGUCCGAGAUCCAGGAAAUGCGCAACCAGCAAUUUGGCACAAACACCGAGAUGGCAAACAUCAAGGAGAGGCUAAUGGCCGUCCAAAAACAGCUCACAGACAAGGAUGUACAACUCGACGGUAAUGCGGAGUACCAGACCUUGACAGACCGGUACUCGGAAUUGCACAAACACAGCGAAGGCGUGGAAGCAGAGUUGGCAGAACAACGUGCUCUGUUACGACAUGCUUUGCUCAAUGCUGCACAGCUGCUGAAGGAAUCGGUCGAGACUCGCAAUGAGAACGAGUACAAGUUACUCCUACAUCAACUGCAGGCAGUCAGAGAUGCACCCGAUGACGAAGAGCUUCUCGAGUCCACUGCAGCACAACUGGCUGAUCGCAUGGAGCAAGCACGAUCUGAUACCACCACUGCGAACAAGCUUGCCGAAGACAGAGCAGCUGAGAUUGCGACACUCAAGAAACGAGUCGCUUCGGGCACGACAACGCCAGCCACGGGCAACAUUCCAUCCGCCGAAUAUGCAGCCCUGAAACGCGAGAACAAGCUCAUGACAUCGGCAUGGUUCGAUCUCAGCAGCAGGUUGCAGAGCAACACGGUCAUGUUGGGCAGACGCAAAGAGAGUCCGAAGAGUUUCUUGGGCAAGCAGAGACAGUUGGUGACGCCAGGUUUAGUUGCCGGACAGGUGAGAUAAUUCUAUGCUUGAUUGAAGAAUCACGCUAACGUUGAAGAAAGCACCGUCGUUGAUUCGAGGGUAACAGUACGAGAAAUAUAGCGAUAUCCCAAGGUAUUAUUGAAGCG